AUGUUUGACGCACUCCCCCUGCUGCAGUACUACACUAGAGAAGAAGUCGAAGAAAUUAUGGACGAAUUUUAUGACAUUGGUUACACCAAGAGAAGAAGAACGAUAGCCAAGGCUGUGCAAAGUCAUGAUUUACCGAGGGCUACUCUCGAAAACCAGCCCGACGAUCUGACGAAGUUGGAUGAUGGAACACAGUUUCUGCAGCUAAAGCUACCAGGCUUAUACGUAUAUUAUUCGAGGAAAACCAUACAGAAAGCCGUAGAGAAUGGACUUGUUGCCCUAGUCGCGGAUGGGAUACACAAACUCCCUCCAGAAGAGCUUGGCAAGGACGGCCAACUGUAUACCAUCCAUGGAGUUUGUAAUGGUGGUAUUGGUAAGUCACCAUAG